AUGGCGCAGCAAAACACCAUCAUCAUUGGGGGAGGAGUUGCUGGAAUUGCAAUGGCACACACGUUGAAAUGGAAACUUGGGUACACGGAUUUCGAAAUUUAUGAGAAGGGUCCAGGAGUGGGAGGCACCUGGAGAGUGAACACUUAUCCUGGAUGCGGGUCUGACGUGCCCAUUCAUCUGUACUCAUUCAGCUUCAAUCUCAACCCAGGUUGGACGCAAGCCUUGGCCGACCAAGAAGAAAUCCUCCGUUACGUGGAGUCGACAGUCGACAAGUUCCAAUUGAGACAGUAUUUCCGCCUCAACUGCGAGUGCCUCGGCGCGAGGUGGUCUAACGAGCGGCAGCAAUGGGAUGUCACCUUCCUAGAUGGCCGGACAAAGAAGACGUUCACGCGCCAGUGUGCCAUCCUCCUCUCUGCCGUAGGGGGCUUCUCCAAACCGCGAGACGUCCGGUUCCCUGGAAUGGAAACCUUCCAGGGCAACAUCUUCCACACGGCUGAAUGGGACCACUCGUUUGACUACAUUGGCAAGAGAGUUGCCGUGGUUGGGAACGGGUGCAGUGCCGCCCAGGUGGUGCCGUCCAUUGCAUCUAGCGUCAAGAAGCUGACCCAGUAUGCACGAAGCCCACAGUGGUACCAUGAACGGCCCAACCAAGCUUUCACAGGGUUCCACAAGUUCUGCUUCAAGUACCUGCCCCUGUGGCAACGAUACUACCGGCUCAAGCUGUUCCUCGAUACCGACGAGUUAUCGGCAGUUUACAGCCCUGAGAAGGUUGCACAGCGCGUCGCGGUCGAGAAUCAGGCCAAGGAAUACAUCUACAGGGAAGCGCCAGAGAAAUACCACUCAUUCAUCGUCCCGGACUUUCCUCUUGGCUGCAAGAGGCGCAUUUACGACCCCGGCUACCUUGCUUCUCUCCGACGGGAUAACGUUGAGUUGCUUCCAGAGGGAAUCAAGAAAAUCACAACGACCGGGAUCAUCAGCGAGAACGGGAAAGAGGAAGACUUUGAUGCCAUUGUAAUGGCGACAGGAUUCGAGGUCCAGUCUUUCCUUGCUCCGAUGGAGGUCAUAGGCAAGACAAACUGCACACUUCAAGAGCAGUGGGACAAGGACCGAGGCGCCCAGGCAUACAUGGGCACAUUCGUCCACAAUUUCCCCAACUUUGCAAUCCUAUUUGGACCCAACACCUUCCCAGCAUUCAACUCGGUCAUCUUCUCGGUCGAGGUGCAGGUCGCAUACAUUGCCCAGACGCUGAUGAAGCCAAUUUUGGAUGGCUACGCCACGGCCGUCGAGGCAAAGGAGGAGGCAGAGGACAAGUUCGUCGCCAAUCUCGACAGUGUCUUGGCAACGACAGUCUUCGCGGCCGGAUGCAGCAAUUGGUACAUCAACAGUGCUGGACGCAACGCUGCCGCCUGGCCGGGCCUCGCCUCGGGCUUUUGGCGGGCUACGUUCUUCACAAAGUGGCAGGACUUCCACCUGACUGGCGGCUCCAGACUAUGGCUUAUCAACCGGCUAGUUAGGAAGACAAGGGCAGCGUCGCCCAUCACCUGGCUUGUCGUUCUCGCUUCGGUAGCGGCUGUUGCUUGGGAUUGGACCAACGGGGGAUUUGAGCUGUUGAGAGAGAGACUGGGUUGA